UGGCAGAAUGUCUAAUGAUGGGACUCUUUUAAGCAGAGCCAAAAGCGUGAUUUUUCCUAUCAAUUUUUUAGCCUGAAACUGGAUCUUCAAUGGACUUUCCCCGAAGCUGCUACACUAAUUUCAAACAAUCAAACUCCAAAAUCAUGCCAUGGAAGCCAGCUUCAUAAGCGAUAAUCAGAUCCUGCCUUGCCGCGAUCGCCUCAGCCACAUCCACAUCCAAUUUCAUAUCAGAGGCAACGCAAGUAGCAGCCGAUAAAUCUCGGAUACUAUAUGCCUCAAUACAGCCCAAAACCACAGCCACCAUUAAUGGAGAUGGCAGCUUCAGAAUUCACGUUCACAUUGUAAUGAUAACAGGUUCGAGGGGGGUGCGCCAUGUCCUGUUUUGACGCCAAGAUUUUGGCAUUUACAGCUCAUACUCGCCAAGUACGUAAAGAGCUUUGUUUGUAGAAAGGCCCACUUCUGUUGUUUUCUUCGCAAAAAUCCAUCCAAUUCUAUCCAACCAUUUACUGUGUGCCUUAUCCUAAGCACACUAAUCUUUUCCCUUCCAUGCCCACUUCCCUUUUGUGGCUGCUCAAAUUUGACAUAUAUUCUUCCAAAAUCCAAAAAUAUUUAACCCACAAACCAAAAUUAUUUAUAUUUCUAUUUUCCAUUAUUGAUGUCAUUAUUUCAAUCUUUUCUUAUUUCGUGGACCAAAUAGUUCGAUAUCCACUUUGAUUUUCAUGUCAAAAUAGAGUAGAAAGAUGAGCAAUUAUUUGUGGUCAUUAAUGAAAUGGCAAAAAUUUCGCACAGGGAGAAAAUUCUGCUAGGAUACAGUUCCAAUACUCAGUCAAAUUCUUCAAGCAGAAGAAACUCUGAAGUGGAUUUUAGUGACGUAUUUGGUGGACCUCCAAGGUGUUCUUCCACACACGAAUACAAUCACAGUGAAAAUGAUGACAUUGAUGAGGUUGGUAAUGAUGCAGAUUCAGCUGAUGGAUUGAGGAGCUCAUCAUGGUUCGGAUUAACGGAGAAGCCUGUUUUCGGAGAACAAACCGGAGUUCGAAGGAGGCACACGAGCGAAGAUUUCUUUGAUGAUAUAUUCGGAGGUGAUCAGCCGUUAUUAAGUUCUUCUCUUUCUCCAAGAGUUCAUUUGCCGGGAAGAAAUCCGUUUUCUUCAGCUCCGAGUUCUCGGGCCAUGAGUCCGUCGCGGCCGUCGUCUCCUGCUACUGAGACCUCUGCGAGCCCUUUCAAGCUCAGCCUACCAAGCAGAAUGGCGAACACAGAUAUUACGACAUCUACUUCAUUUCAACAAAGCUACAAGUCUUCUGGGCGAUCUCUUUCCAGAUUUAACAAAUAUAUCCAAAAUCAGUCUGCUUUGUGCGACGAUCAUCAUUCGUCGUAUAAUAAUAUCUCUGUUGAUGGCAUUGAGUCGACAAGUGAUAGUAAGUUAGAAGGAACUAAAUUUGAUGAAGCCAAUUUUGUCAUAAAUUCAAAAGGUUCGGAACUUUUGAAUGACAAUAUCAAGUUUCAUUUCUCAAUUUAUAAAUGGCCAAGCAAAGGAGUUCCAUUUUUAGUGUCUUCUAAGAAAAGAAGCCCCUCAAGAACAAACGAGAGAAUGAAGAGUGAGAAAUACUUGAGCACUAGUGAAGGGACUGGCAGUGUUUGUUUGGUUAUGGAAAAUUGUAAAACAGAGAUAAUUAUGGAUGAGGAUGACUCUCCUUCAAGCAGAUGCCGGGUGCCGUCUACUUUACAAAUAAGUGAGUGUGACAGUCACACAAUUGUACGUGCAAGAAGUGCGGAAUGCAAAUUUGAUGAUAAAUUAGAUCCGGAUAUGUUCAAAUCUAUACAUAAUACAAGUAUUGAGAAUGCAACUAAUAAAGUUCAUGAAGCUCUUUCUGAUGGGUUAGGGAAUAUAAGGGAUUUCCCUUUUCUUUCUCAUAAAAAUGUAGAUGUAGUAGGAGAUGCUAAUUCAUUCAAAGAUUCUCCAAAGAAGACAAAAUCCAAUAUGAAGCUGCUAAGCUCCUUGUUUAAAGAAGAUAUAAAAGGGAAUAAUAUUGUGGAUGCUGAAAAGGGAGAAAAGCAAAACAUCAUGAAUGAAACAAAAAUACCAAUUAUGAAUGAUGUUUCCUCGAGCUACAAAGUUAACAAAAAUGAGGUGCAUCAGUCGUCCACUAGAGCAAUAGAUGAUCUGCAGAAAAGCAAAUCCAGUGGAAAAGUUAAGGAUUUCGUCAAAGUUCUCAAUAAGGAAUCUUCUUCAAAAGUGAAGAGUAAUGCUGUGGGUCAAAGUCAUAGUUGGAGAUGGAAGGAAGCAACAAAUAUAGGAGCAGAGAGUGAAGUUAAAUCCUUUUCAACUAGAAAACAUGAUGAAACGCAAGCUUCUUAUGUCAACUUAGAAACAACGUCGUUGGAAUCCAUACAAGUGGUCUCUGGAGAAUCUUUUCUAUCAGGUGAACAACAAUAUACCAUCAAUAGCAAUGGUAGUGUUUCCAGUACUACAAGUUACACAGCAAAUAAUGAACCCAAUGUUGAUGGCCUUAGAAAUUCUGCUUCAAAAAGCAAUGCAACUUCGAUUGAUGACAACUUGGAAAUAGAUGUGCAAGCAACCGAGGCUAACGAGGAAACUCUGAGCUAUGAACGUAAAGUAUUGCAAUGGUCUAAGGGAAAGGAAGGAAACAUACGUGCACUGCUAUCUACAAUGCAAUAUGUUCUUUGGCCUAAUAGUGGAUGGAAGCCGAUACCACUUGUUGAUAUAAUCGAAGCAAAUGCAGUAAAGAAAUCAUAUCAAAGAGCUCUAUUAUGUUUGCACCCUGAUAAAUUACAACAGAAAGGUGCUGCUCCUUAUCAAAAGUUCAUUGCUGAAAAGGUUUUCGACAUAUUGCAGGAGGCUUGGGAACAAUUCAACUCCCUUGGACUUCUUUAGAGGUAAAUAUUUACUGUAUUAAUUUCAUAAACCAAUAAUACACUGUAAAUAAUGAUAACUCCGUCUUCCUUAUCAAGGUCAUAUUAUUUCAUAGUCUAAAUUUACUACGAUAUUUGCGUUACAUUGAAGAGUGCAUUGUAAUAGUAAUAUGAAAUGAAGGUAUACACAAUGUAUUUCAUUGUUCAUGUAUAUAUUUUUUAUAUAUUUUAAUUUACGUGACACAUAUUUGAAAUAAAUGGUCUUGUGAACUUUUUUUCCAAUAUUUUACUUCAUAUACUGAUAUCAUAAUUGUAGAGCUACUUGACUGGUAUAGUACAAAAAGUAAAGUGAUGGUUAUUACAUGGAUAACUAUGUUUGUGGCAAAAAGUGUAAUUUAAUUAAUUUCUUUCCAUAAGCAUAUCUACAGACUACAGUUUUUACAUGAUUAUAUUUACAUAUACUUUUAUCAUGGCAUAUAUAAUAGAUUUUUUUGUCUUUCAUAAUGAACAUAAGGUAAAAAAAAGAUGCCCUAAAUAUGAUCUAAGUACUCAAAUCCCUCAUUAGUGGAUGUCACUAAUUUAAUUGGUUAAAGUCUUGGGAGGUGAUAUUCAAGACUUAGGACUAAAUCUCUUAGACAUUAUUUCGUCCUUGUGUGAUCUCUCCACACAAUGAAAAAAUCUCUCCAUCAGUUCCUUGUAGUCUAAGAGUGAAAAGUGGUGGUGAUGAGAAUUAAAGUCUUAGAAAUAUUGUGUCCCAACUUAUCGAGGGUCUUGCUUAAAUGGAGGUUGAAUCACUUGAAAAGAAAAGAAGAGAGAAUAAAGAAACGUCUGUAAUUCUUGCGUGGCUGGACUUGGUCUCCACAAAAAUUUUAUGUACCAAAGCUACAAAUGUGCCAUAAUGAUUUUUUUCUUUUCAUAGAAUCACCUUUUUCAGCAUAUAAUUACUCUUAUACUCUAUUAUCUAACAUAAUAACACUACUCAUUAUUUCAUACAAUCACUAUUUUUACAUUAAUUUACCAUAAUAAAACUAUCUCUUAUAACACAAUAAUUUUUUUUUACUCUAUAGUUUUUAUUUGGACCAUAAAUUGAUCUUUUAUAUCUAUUUUUUUUUUAACAUAAUGACAUUUUUUUCAUAAAUAGCAUGUGCUGCCACUAGGUCUUCACCAUAACUUUGGUGUGGAUCAAUUCUAUUUAAUUUUUUAUUCUUUCUAAAAGUGUAGUACUUAACUCUCUUAUCUUAAUAAAUAUUGAUAAACUAGAGGAGAAAUGGAGUCCAUAAUCUUGCUAAAUUUGAGAUUACACUUAUUUAAAACUUCAGUUGAAAUGACAUCUUGUAUUUUAAAGCAACUAAUAAUAAACUUUACUUCCUUAGGAGUCCUUUAUGGUUGUUGACACAUAAAAGGUUGAUCCAUUAUUAGUGGUGGCUCCAUGUGGGUUUAGUGUUAGAUGAAUCCACCAGAAUUUGAGAAAAAAAAACUAGAAAAUACUAAAAAAUAAAGGAAAACCAAUAUGCUUAUUGAUAAGUGUAUAUAUUUACAUAUUUUUGUUCCCUAAAUUUAGUCUUAUUGUCGUCUUCUAUACGUUAUUUUAUAAUAUUUAUCGACUUUUAUUAUUAAUGAGUUAUUUAUGUCUAUAUUAUAUUAUAGUGAUUAAGUACCUUAAAUAGUGUGUUAUUUUUGUUAUAGCUUCACUUUGCUAAAGGAGGAGAACAAAAGAAAGAAGCAAAGUAGUGCAAGUAUAUUACAAAAAAAAGACUACACGUGAAGCAAAUAAAAGGAAAACAAAAGAAAAAGGAGUAAACUUACUCCAUCUUCACUAUUUCACGAGAAAACCAAAGAAAGAGAGUUCUUUGUUUUUCAAGUUUACAUAAUUCACAUCAAGAAUCUCCAAGAUACGAAAUAAGGUAAUUAUGGAAUUAUGGAGCAAAUCAGAAAUCACAUAUUUUUCUCUACAAGUAAUUUCCAAAAAUUUGAUAAUUGGGGAUUUCUCAAUUGGGUAUAUAAAUCCCUAAUUUCUACCGCAAGAAAACAUGCAAGCAUUGUUUGAUUUUGGGUAAAGAGAGACAAGGGAGUAUUCUGAGUAUGCAGAAGUCUUGGGGUACAAUUAGAGUAAGAGACGACAGAUUCAAGAACGAGUUGUCGGCAGAAUUUCGACUAGUACAGAGUCAUAUAUUCUCGCCUCUUCUCUUGUAUUACUUUGAUUGUUGUAUUGUUCUAAUUCAAUGAACUUGAAUCUUGUUUAAACUUGAAUUUUAUCAUAAUUUUGAGUUGUUUAUUGAGUAUUAAGAUUAUUUGGUAUUCAAAAUUACACUGUUAUAGCUGUCGUA